GGUUGCAAAAUGUUUGAGUUGGAAAUGACUCACUCUGGCUGUUAGGAGAUGUAUAAACUUGGGAAAGUGGGAGGGAGGGGAUGGAUGGAUUGAGGGAACACAGAGAGGGCAGAGCAGAGCUUGAGCCAGAGAGAGAGAGAGAGAGGACAAGAGAGAAAGGAAGUGAGAAAGAAAUCCAGAAUUACUUGGCUUGAGUUUCAAAAAAGRGCUGUUUUUCUGCACAGCUCAGUGGAGUAGCCCAGGGUUUCCCUACAACAAGCUGCUGCUUCUCAUUUUUGCCUUUGUACCCUUCAAAGAACCUGGAGAUGGGGAUGCUGUGGCAAAUGCUGCUCUUACAUGCCUGCGCUUUUGUCCUCUCUGCCAAAGGUGCUGCUCUCACCCGACUGGAAGAGAAAGAAGCCCUGGAUUAUUUGCUGCAGUUUGGAUACUUACAGAAGCCACUGGAACAGUUCUCAAAUAACUUCACGGAAGAAGAGAUUGAGGAAGCUUUGAGGUCCUUCCAGCUUGCAUCAGGAUUGCCUGCCACCGGGCGGGUGGAUGUGGCAACCCUCUCCCAAAUGCGGCAGCCCCGUUGUGGUGUGGAAGACCCGUUCAAUGAGAGAACCCUCAAGUAUCUGCUCUUGGGUCGCUGGCGCAAGAGGCACUUGACUUAUCGACUCAACAGCCACAGUGAGGAUAUGGGGUCUGUGGCCACCCGCAAUGCCAUCAAAACCGCUUUCAAGUAUUGGAGCGAUGUGACGCGGCUCACUUUCCAGGAGGUGCGGACUGGCCGAGCUGACAUCCGCCUCGCUUUCCAUGGUUCUUCUCCUUGGGGCUGCUCACGGCCUUUCGAUGGUCCCGGACAUGUCUUGGCUCAUGCUGACAUCCCUGAAUUAGGCACAGUGCAUUUUGAUUCAGCUGAACACUGGACAGAAGGAACACCACGGGGCGUCAACUUGCGCAUCAUUGCUGCACAUGAGAUUGGCCAUGCGCUGGGUCUGGGUCACUCCCGACACCCAACAGCCCUGAUGGCACCCUCCUACAGUGGCUACCGGCCCCGCUUCCGUUUGCAUCAUGAUGAUAUCGAAGGCAUCCAGGCCUUGUAUGGCAAAAAGACUCUGUCAACUACAGCAGUAGUGACCUCUCCUGCCCGUACUACCGUCCCUACAGUCUCUGUGAAGCCUAGUAAAGUCCCUAACCCAUGCAAAGAUGGGCUGGACGCCAUCAUGCUGGGACCGUAUGACAAGACCUAUGCUUUCCGUGGGGAUUAUGUGUGGACAGUGACAGACUUUGGGACAAACCCACCACUGAAGAUCUCAGCCUUGUGGAAGGGGCUGCCAGGGUGGCUGGAUGCGGCUGUGCAUUCGCCUCGCACUGGGCGGACUUACUUCUUCAAAGGUAGUAAAUUAUGGCGUUAUCAAGGCUUCAAGCUGGACCGUGGCUACCCCAAACCCCUCACUCGUAUCCCAGCAAAGAUAGAUGCUGCUCUCUAUUGGCCAGGAAAUAAGAAGGUCUUCAUCUUUAAGGGCACUGGCUUCUGGCAGUGGGAUGAACUGGGGACCCAUUUCACCUCCCUCCCCAGGAAGAUCUCCAGCCUUUUCACCGGAGCCCCAACCCACCUGGAUGCUGCAUUCACCUGGGAGAACGGCAAGGUCUACUUUUUCAAAGGGCAGAGCUACUGGAGGCUCAAUGACCAACUACGGGUUGAGAGAGGUUACCCACUGAGUACACCUGAGCGCUGGAUGCAUUGCUAACACUGAGAAGGAUUGUCCUUGCUUGCUCCCCAGAAGGAGCUGGCAUCCCAUUUCUCAGAGACUCAGCAGAUUUUUCUUUAUGGACCCAACAGCGACACCUAGUGGCGACAGACCAAAACAACUCUUCUGGAAAAAAGGACCAAGUGGGGGUGGGUGGGAAUAAAUACAAUGGACAGCUUGCAGUUCUCUUGUUCUGAACUUUGAUCUUUCAGUGCCAGAUUUCAUCAACAAUCAUGUUUGCUUUGGCAUCAGUAUGAGUGACAGAAAGGGCUAGUCCAGUCUCAGGGUGUAGGAAGUCCAGGAGAAAGAAGAGAUGGCAUGUGGAUGGUGGAGACUGAGUACAAAUCCACAUUAAUCUGGCAAGUCAGCAAUACAGUUUUAAGAAUGGGUAUAUUUUUUUAGAGAACGGAAGCAGAUAUGCCAGAACUAUUCUUAUUCUUAUCUGCGGGGCACAUAGUCAUUUACUAUUGUGCCUGGAGAAAGAAUUCACUUUGCCUUUUAUUUUUACAAGUAGAAGGGCUAGAUUUCUUAUUUAAGGCCACAAUGUCAUGGGAAAUACAUGUUGGGGUGGGGUUGGGCAUGUUCUUUAUGACAUACAUACAAACCACCUUUGUGAUUGCUAGCCAAAACCCCGAUGGUUCAUACUGUGUUCAGUGUUUACCAGUCAUUAUAUGGUCUUGUGGAUCUAACACAGAUGUGGGCAAACUUCAGGCCUCCAGGUGUUUUGGACUUCAACUCCCACAAUUCCUAACAGCCGAUAGGCUGUUAGAAAUUGUGGGAGCUGAAGUCCAAAACACCUGGAGGCCUGAAGUUUGCCCAUGCCUAAUCUAGCAGAAUGAGAAGACUUUUAAUUCAGAAGGCCUGAAUGUAUACAACUGGCUAUUCACAGCAGUUGCAUCACAUGUACUCAGUCCAGAAUUAAAAUAAUAAGGCAUAUGAAGGCAAACAGU